AUGUGCUUUCGUCAAGUUCCUGCUGCUUCCAUCAAGACCAAGCUUCAAGGCAUCCCUACGCAGCUGCGCCGUCGAAAAGGUUGUUCACAGCCGAUCGCCCAUUCUUCGCCUUUCUGUUGGUGCAUCCGUUACAAAAACACCUCUAUGCGUCCCCAGCCUAAAGUGGUAUUAUCGUCCACCAUUAAUGCCACUCAUGCAUUUGUCGGGUAUAUGGAAAGUUGGCGGGAUGGCACAAUCGGCGAUUUACGAUCAAAGCAUGGAUCGAUAAAGCUUGGAGACGCUUUACUGACAGCAUGGGUGAUUUUUCUGUGGCCGCUGUUCCAAGAGAAGAGUUCCAGAUCUUUUCCUCUGCCUGACUACGGAUUAUACACGGCGGAUUAUCAGUUGUCUCAUCGCUUGCUGACAUCGAUACAAGACAAACAGCAGAAUCGCUUCAAGAACGACUCUCCCGUCCUCGUUCCGUUUCCGUUGGUGCCACGUCUUUGGUUCCAAUUUGACUGGAUGUUCCUCUGCCCUUGCUGGCUGGCCACCAAGCAAAUAGCAACUCGCAUGCUUGAGAUACAGCAACCAUGGCGAAAACGGAGGCGAAGCGAAGUUGGCCAGGUCGGGAUACUCGUUGGCCGUAUGAUCAAGGCUUGGCGCGAUACAGGGAGCGUCAACUUUCAAAGGCAGCUACGGCGAAAACGGGAGACUCAAACAAGAUGGCCAGGCCGGGACACCGUAAAUAUGGCGAUCAAGGCUUGGUGGGACGAAACGUGGAUUACCGUGCAUACAACUGGUGAGGAGACACAAGGCCGGGAUACUCUUUGGUGCACGAUCAAGGCUUGGCGCGAUGAAAGCAUGGACCAUCUAGCGAACGGUCGUGUCACUCGUUGGCGAAUAACCUUGACGAAUACAGAGACGGCGCAAAUAUAUGACCAGCUUGGAACUUGA